UCAUGUGACUUCUUGCUGGCUGUGCUACUGUGCUUUAGCAGCUAUGUCAAAAUAAAUACACGCUAAUUGAGAGCGGACGGUUUGAGACGGAACUGACGGUUCAUCCCUAGAGGAGCGGACAGGAUGCAGAACGUGAUCAACACGGUGAAGGGCACCGCGCUUGGAGUGGCCGAGUUCCUCACCCCGGUGCUGAAGGAAUCUAAAUUCAAAGAGACUGGAGUCAUCACACCUGAGGAGUUUGUAGCAGCUGGAGAUCACCUGGUUCACCACUGCCCUACGUGGAAAUGGGCCACAGGGGAAGAGGUGAAGGUGAAGCCGUAUCUGCCUCAGGAUAAACAGUUUCUGCUGACGCGCAAUGUUCCCUGUUACAAGCGCUGUAAACAGAUGGAGUAUUCAGACGAGCUGGAGGCCAUCAUAGAGGAGGACGAUGGGGACGGGGGCUGGGUGGACACUUACCACAACUCAGGUGUGUCAGGAGUCACAGACGCUGUACAAGAAAUUUCACUGGAUAAUAAUAAGGACAAGAAUAUGAACGCCACAUCUGCAUCACCUGAUGAUGAUGACGAUGAAGAUGAUGAUGAAGAUGGAGAAGCAGCAGAUAUGGAAGAGUACGAGGAGAGCGGCCUGCUGGAGACAGAUGAGGCAACGCUGGACACCAGUAAGAUGGUAGAAACUAAAGUUAAAGCAGAGCCCGGGAGUGAAGAUGCCAUCCUUCAGACCAGAACAUACGACCUGUACAUCACCUACGACAAGUACUACCAGACCCCCCGACUCUGGCUCUUUGGAUAUGAUGAGGACAGACAGCCCCUGACUGUGGAGCAGAUGUACGAGGACAUCAGCCAGGACCACGUGAAGAAGACGGUCACCAUAGAGAACCACCCCCACCUCCCUCCACCCGCCAUGUGCUCGGUCCACCCCUGCAGACAUGCUGAAGUGAUGAAAAAGAUCAUAGAGACGGUGGCGGAAGGAGGAGGAGAGCUGGGCGUCCACAUGUAUCUUCUGAUUUUCCUCAAGUUUGUUCAGGCCGUCAUUCCCACAAUAGAAUAUGAUUACACAAGACACUUCACCAUGUAGCUUCAUCAGUGCUCUGCUUCUGUACAUGGGAGAGAUCAGAGAUUGGAUCUGGUCUGCUCUGGUUCCAGCUGUUUUGUGGAGUGUUUGUGUUACUCUGAGACACUUUGUGUGGGUGCAGGACAUGGGGAAUGUUCAAGGUGUGUGUUAAAGAAACAGUCUGAUGCUUUGGGAAACAGGCUUGUUUCCAUGAAACCCAGAGUCAGGUAAGGACAUGAAUAGGUUUGUAUUUAACCCACAGAAAAAUAGAAAUGUAAAGACAACACACUUGGAUAUAUUUGUAAGUAGCUAGCUAUCUAAUAAUAGUUUGAGAGACUAACCAUAUCCUGGACAUAUCUGUGUACUCGACACACACAGAUGAAACUGAUCUGUCUUCUCCUCUGACUCCGGGUAUGACUGCAGACAAGUCUACGUCCCAAAAGCCGGACUGUACCUCUGCUGUUUCUCUCCAGGUUUAAUGUUGUGACCACAAUGUGGUGAACUCUCACAAAGUUCUUGUUAAGAAGAUUAUAAAACUCACCACAUUCCACACUUCUUGCUUCUCUGCUUCAAAUUUCAUUCAAUGAAUUAACCCCGGUCGUGCAAAGUGUCGGUUCCUUGACUUUGUAGGAGUUAGACGGGCUCUGGAGAACAGCCUGAACAGUGACCUUUAGCUCCUGCCUUCACUCUGAGAAACACAGAAAUAAAAGCUGCAUUAAGUGUUUUUAUGUUUCAUUCAUUUUGAUGUGUCCAAAUGAUGAAUGUAAGUCCAAUACUCACUCUCCUGUCGGCUCUGGUUUUGGCUCUUUAGCUGCUAAAUGCUACACUGUGUUCAGCUGCUCGCUUACUGAACCAAAGCAGGUAGAGAGGACUUUUACUCUGCUGCAGCCUUUAGUCAUCUUUUUGUAGACAACAGUUCAGUGUUAAACUACAAAUGAUAUUCAGAAAGAAUUGGACAGCUUUUGGUAGCAAAUGUAUGUACCUUGCUACUUUAUAAAGCCUCUCUGAACUGUUGUACCUGAUGGCAGCAUUGGUAAAAGCUUCUUUGUUCCCAUGUGUAUUGCAGUGAUUAUUAUUGCUUCCAUGCUAAUGCACUUUGCAGGAAUCAUGGCUGAAGCUCAUUGUUGUAUAUCAGCUCUUUCUGCCAGUUUGUCUUAAACUCUGUUCUCUGAAUGUGUUGAUGUUCCAGCCCUGACACUCACCCAUGGUUCCUGUGGUUGGCUUACAAGCUUUUUGUGUUUUACUUCAAACUUGGACAGUCUUCUCAGCUUGUGUCAGAACCUUGAGACCUUUUUUUCAGUCUUGCUUUUACAAAUGUGAUGUAUUACUACUUGUUGUCUCUAAGAACUAUUUUAAGGUUGGCUGUGAGCUCCAUCAGCAGCAUUCUUCUUGGUGGACAUCACUAAAUCCUUCAGUGACUCUCUGGGCUGUUCUGUUUGUUAUAAACUACAGUUGGCUCAUUACAACAACCUGUUCCUGACAGUACUUACUCUACUAAAUAAAGCAUGGGCUUCAGUGAUUCUUGCUUUACUUUCCAUGUCGUCUGUUGGUGGGAUAAAGUAUUCACUCUGUGUCCUGAUGUAACCUGCUCAGUGGUAACACCUGAACAUUUUAAAGUAAUGCACAUUUAUCAAUAAAGAGUUUCCCAAAUA